AGCGGUGGGAGUGCUGUUUCCUUGGCUACGCCAGAGAUAGGAGGGGGCGGGAAGGGGGAAGAAGGAGUGAAGGGAGGAAGCCUUUUUCUUGUCGCGGCUGCGGCGCUGUUGAAGGGAUGGGACACUGCCGGGCCUAGCGGGGCAGCUACCGCCAUGAGCGGAGCAGCGACUGGGGGCGAGGGAAGGAGCGGCGACUCCCCGGCGGGCCGUUGGCCUGGCUGGAAACUGCUGGCUUUGGGCCUCCUCUCCGCCUCUUCGGUACUGGUGGCAACCCCGGCCGUGCAGGCGAUGAGCCGGGAAGAGAAGCGUCACCUCGGGAAUCAAGUAGUGGAAAUGUUUGAUCAUGCCUAUAGUAAUUACAUGGAACAUGCCUACCCAGCUGAUGAGCUCAUGCCUUUAACUUGCCGUGGAAGAGUUCGGGGUCAAGAACCAAGUCGCGGGGAUGUGGAUGAUGCCUUGGGAAAAUUUUCACUGACUUUGAUUGAUACUUUGGACACUCUUGUGGUGUUAAAUAAAACCAAAGAGUUUGAAGAAGCUGUUAAAAAAGUGAUCGGAGAUGUUAAUCUAGACAAUGACAUUGUAGUAUCAGUGUUUGAAACCAACAUCCGAGUCCUUGGAGGUCUUUUAGGUGGUCAUUCAGUAGCAAUCAUGCUCAAAGAGAAAGGUGAAAUGCAGUGGUACAACGGGGAACUUCUACACAUGGCAAAACAGCUGGGUUAUAAGCUCUUGCCAGCCUUUAACACCACCAGUGGUCUCCCCUACCCAAGAGUUAACUUAAAAUUUGGUGUGAGGAGUCCAGAGGCUCGGACAGGAACAGAGACAGACACUUGCACAGCUUGUGCGGGUACCUUGAUCUUGGAGUUUGCUGCUCUGAGCCGCUUCACAGGAGCAUCAGUAUUUGAGGAAUAUGCACGGAAAGCGCUUGAUUUUCUUUGGGAGAAAAGGCAACGGAGCAGCAAUUUAGUUGGAGUCACUAUUAAUAUUCAUACGGGUGACUGGGUCCGCAAAGAUAGUGGUGUUGGAGCAGGGAUAGAUUCAUACUAUGAAUAUUUAUUGAAGGCCUAUGUCUUAUUAGGAGAUGACAGUUUUUUGGAAAGAUUUAAUACGCACUAUGAUGCCAUAAUGAGAUAUAUUAGCCAGCCACCUCUUCUGCUUGAUGUGCAUAUACACAAACCAAUGCUCAAUGCUAGAACUUGGAUGGACUCUUUGCUAGCAUUUUUUCCAGGUUUACAGGUGUUGAAAGGUGAUAUUAGGCCAGCUAUAGAAACUCAUGAGAUGCUGUAUCAGGUGAUUAAAAAGCAUAACUUCCUACCUGAGGCUUUCACAACAGACUUUCGCGUUCAUUGGGCUCAGCACCCUUUACGUCCUGAAUUUGCAGAGAGCACCUAUUUCUUGUAUAAAGCAACUGGAGAUCCCUACUACCUAGAAGUAGGAAAAACACUAAUUGAGAACUUAAAUAAAUAUGCACGUGUACCUUGUGGAUUUGCUGCUAUGAAGGAUGUUCGUACUGGAAGCCAUGAAGACAGGAUGGACUCGUUCUUCUUGGCUGAAAUGUUCAAAUAUUUAUAUCUGCUUUUUACUGAUAAAGAAGACCUGAAUUUUGAUAUAGAAGAUUAUAUAUUUACUACAGAGGCUCACUUACUGCCUCUCUGGCUGUCUACUACAAACCAAACAGCUCCUAAGAAAAAUAUUACCACAGAAUACACGGAGCUGGAUGACACUAACUUUGACUGGACGUGCCCUAACACCCAAAUCCUCUUCCCAAAUGACCCUAUGUAUGCACAGAGUAUCAGGGAGCCUCUGAAAAAUGUGGUGGAUAAGAGUUGUCCUAGAAGUAUUUCCAGAGUGGAGGAGAGUCUUGGCAAUGGACCAAAGCCUCCUCUGAGAGCCAGAGAUUUCAUGGCCAGUAAUCCUGAGCAUUUAGAGAUACUGAAGAAAAUGGGAGUCAGCUUAAUUCAUCUAAAGGAUGGACGAGUCCAGUUGGUGCAACAUGCCAUCCAAGCGGCGAGUUCACUUGAUGCUGAGGAUGGUUUACGGUUCAUGCAAGAAAUGAUCGAGCUUUCCAGUCAGCAGCAGAAAGAGCAGCAGCUACCUCCUCGAGCAGUUCAAAUUGUUUCCCACCCCUUCUUUGGCAGAGUAGUUUUGACGGCAGGGCCUGCACAGUUUGGGAUGGAUCUAUCCAAACACAAAUCAGGGACAAGAGGAUUUGUUGCAGUCAGUAAACCAUAUAAUGGAUGCUCUGAGAUCACCAAUCCAGAAGCACUGAAUGGGAAAAUUGCUUUGAUGCAAAGAGGGCAGUGCAUGUUUGCUGAAAAGGCACGAAACAUCCAGAAAGUUGGAGCCAUAGGUGGCAUCGUCAUUGAUGACAAUGAAGGCAGCAGCAGCGACACAGCCCUUCUCUUCCAGAUGGCAGGUGAUGGCAAAAAUACAGAUGACAUCACUAUUCCCAUGCUGUUCCUUUUCAAUAAGGAAGGCAGUAUUAUUCUUGAUGCCAUCAAUGAAUAUGAAGAAGUAGAAGUGCUGCUCUCUGAUAAAGCAAAAGACAGAGCAACUAUAUUUAAAGAUAAAAUGAUUCCAAACUACAUUAUUGAUAGCAAUUUGGAAAUGGAAAACAUGGAUCAGAAAUCCUCUGAUAAUGAUUCUCAGAACCAGAGGUCUGAAGAAGUCUCAACAGAUUUGGUCAGUGAGAAUCCUGAAGGGGACAGUGGUUUGAGUUCACUUACGGAAUUGGACAGCAAUAGUGUUUCUCUUAUAAACCAGGACACCUGUAUCCCCGAACUACAGGAAACUAGUAGCAGUAGUAAAGUGUCAAGACUGGAUAAUCAUCCUGAGGAACAAUCAAAGAUGGAGACAGAGUCCUCUGCCAGUAAUAGCUGGGAUAACAAAGGCCAGUCUAUGGAAUCAAUAUUAGCUGAUUGGAGUGAAGACAUAGAAGCAUUUGAAAUGAUGGAAAAGGAUGAACUAUAAUUUCAAAUAAUAUGCUUGUGGAACUGCAAAAUAGUGAACUUUAUGGAGCAUAGUAAGGCCCUAAUGUCUGAGAAUUUGAAAUAAAAUUGUUCAGUAUUGUGACAAACAGCCAGGUUUUAUCGGCAAAAGCCAGCAUGUGUUAUAAUUUGUAUAGUUUGUUUUCCCUGUUUUUAAAAAUGGGAAUGUGCAAUUGACCCAUUUGCUGGGUUCCUUUGCAUGGUGCUGUGACACAGGAGGUUCAUUCAGGGAACGAUUUGAAUCCCUCUUGUGUCCCAGGGUACUGUGGGUUAAUUUGCCUUAGUCAUAGGAGGCAAAGAAUGAAUGCAGCAGGGCAAAGGUGCCACUGCAUCUGGAUAGUGAGAGUUGGUGCAUGUUUCUGAGCACAUGAAGGCUACAGGUUGGCUGUUGUGACUAUACUGUUUCAAGGGUCAAGACUGUAUCCCCAAAGUCAUUACAGAAACACAGUAGAAGGCAUUUAAGGCCAUUGUGCCUUUACGAUGGGGGCAGAAAGGCAGGCAGCUUUGAUUUGUCCAGUGCCACUUAACAGAAUAAGUGUGCUAUACCUCCUUAUUACUUUUUCCAUUUGCUGUUUUGAAGAAUGACCAAGACAAUGUGGAUUGUUUUCCUUUAGUUCAAAGUUCAAGGCAAGAGAGUUUGUAAACCAUAGGCAGUGUGCUUGUUUGGCAAAAAUACAAUAAAUCAGAUAAUUUUAAA